ACAUGUGUGUGAGGUGUGUCUGCAUGUGUCGGGAGGUGUGUCCGCCCACGUGCUGUGGGGAUCUUGGCUGGCUAGAUAGGCUCAGUGCAUGGCGGUGCCGAAGAGCCUGUGUGCAUGUUCUGGGCUGGGUCCCUGUCCUUUCUGGGAGCUGAUCGGAGCCACGGAUUAGGGGACAGCAUGCACAUGGGUCUGUGGGAUAUCAAGAUGAAUGGGGAUGUGGCAGAUUCCACGGACACUCGCAAUGCCCUUAGCCAGGUGGAGACAGGAAGUGAUCGAAAUGGUCUGGACUUCAACAGACAGAUCAAAACUGAAGACCUCAGUGAUUCCUUGCAGCCAUCUCUAUCACACAGGCCCUGCCACUUGUCUCAAGGAUCUGCCAUGAUGUCAGGAAACCAGAUGCCUGGGGACAUGGCUUCUCUCCACCCUCUCCAGCAACUUGUACUGGUUCCCAGCCAUUUGCAAUCUGUGUCACAGUUUCUGCUGUCUCAGUCUCAGUCUGGGCAACAAGGUUUACAAUCAAAUCUUCUCCAAUUUCCUCAGCAACAAAACAGCUUCCUCCUCCCACAGACUGGACCUGGCCUAGCAUCUCAGGCAGUUGGUCGCCCUGGGCUUCCGGGAUCAUCUUUAGACUCCCACCUGGAUGUGUCACAACAUAUUCAAGUUAACAAACAUUUGCCCAACUCUGGAGGACCAGAUGAACCCAGUGACUUGGAGGAAUUAGAAAAGUUUGCCAAGACCUUUAAGCAGAGGCGUAUCAAGCUCGGCUUCACUCAGGGUGAUGUAGGGCUGGCCAUGGGGAAGCUGUAUGGCAAUGACUUCAGUCAGACCACGAUUUCCCGAUUCGAAGCCCUCAAUCUGAGCUUUAAGAACAUGUGCAAACUCAAACCGCUCCUGGAAAAGUGGCUCAAUGAUGCAGAGUCCUCUCCUUCAGACUCCACAGUGAGCACCCCCAGCUCUUAUCCCUCCCUCAGUGAGGUUUUUGGUCGGAAAAGGAAGAAGAGGACCAGCAUCGAGACUAAUAUCCGCCUAACUCUGGAAAAGAGAUUUCAAGAUAACCCCAAGCCUAGCUCUGAGGAGAUCUCCUUAAUUGCUGAGCAACUCUCCAUGGAGAAAGAGGUGGUUCGGGUCUGGUUCUGCAACCGACGCCAGAAAGAAAAGAGAAUCAACUGCCCCAUGACCACACCCAUGAAGUCGCCCAUCUACAGCUCGAGGCUGGUCUCUACUGCAGGAUCUCUUGGUCCCCUCUCUGUCACUCCUGUUCACAGCACCAUGCCUGGAGCAGUAACAUCAUCCUGUUCCCCGGGGAACAACAGCAGACCUUCAUCCCCUAGCUCAGGACUCCAUGCCGGCAGCCCCACUGUAUCUCAGACACACUCAAAAACAUCAGUGAAUUCCAGUUUUAACUCCUCUGGAUCUUGGUACCGAUGGAAUCAACCCACCUACCUCCAUUGAGACCAGAGAAUCUCUGCCACAGUGCAUCUGACCUUGUUUUCCUCAUUGCAUGGAGGGAAGUCUCUUGCCUUUGGGUUAUGGACAACUUCUCUGAGAAGAAGAGACUCCACUGUCAACAAGCCCAAAUUCUUGCCUUCUUCAGCUGCAAGAGGCUCAAGAGAUUCAAACUGUGAUUGCACCAUGUGUUGACUUUUCAUGUUCUUGAAAUAUUAAACUCCCCCCCUCUCUCUAGGAGUUUGCCAACCUCAUCUUCCCUGCCUGGGAUCUUCUCUUAAAAUUCCAAACAUCCGAGAUGACUUUUCAUUCCUAGGGUCUGUCAGAGGAAGGAGGCCUUGGUCAUUCCUUCACAGCUCAAAGGAGCGUUAGCCAUGAGAACAGCCUACCUAAAAUACCACACCACAAAUACCGAUGGGGCUAUACUGAUAUUAACUAUAAACUGAGCCGUGGUCACCAAAUUCAUUUCAAUAGAGAAUUGUAUCAAAAUUUGAAA